GCUUGAUGCUUGUGGACGGCUCCCGAUGCAUCCAUUCGCCCACAUCUGAGAGCAGACACAACAGCACCGAGCUGAGACAUCCUUGCACACGUGGGUCACGUCUCUGUCUUCCCUGCUCACCCACUGGCUGCUCGAUCACCGUGAUCGAUCACAGCUUCCGUUGGAGGAAUGACUCCAUCUGUCGCAGGCCCACCAACUCCCAAAUGGGGGGUGGCAGUGCUGGCCUUGCAAGGCUGCCGGGGGGUGGCUGUCGGUGCGGGUUCUCAUAGAGACCCACCAGAUCGAUGCCCGGCUUCUUCUGAGUCACGGCCCUGGCCUGGUCCUGCUGUCUGUAGGCGGCCUCCUGCCGUCUCCUCCGCUCCCUCUCGAUCUGACGCAGCCGUCUCAGCUCCUCCUCAUUCGGGUCCUCUUUCACAAAGGUUUGUCGGUGUUUCCUCCGCUUGCCGUUGCCCCGACCGCCAGCCCUCUCUCUGUGGGCAGUGAGGAUGUUCUCCGCCGCGGUUAGCUGGUGCCUUUGCCACGGUGGGAGGUCCAGAGGUGGGCGGGCGAGGGAGCCCUUCGGUGGCUCCUUAUGUCUGUGAGGGGAGACAGGCAGGUGAACCAACCGUCGGGGUGCACGUGCAGGACACUUGGCUCAUCUCUUACUUACAGGCUGCGGUGCAGUUCCACCAAGGUUGGUGGCCGUCGGCCCUCCCUGGUCUGGUCCCGCCUGACCUUCUCCCUCUCACGCAGCGAGGCGAGCUCCCCUCGCACUGCACUGGCAGAUGCGCCUGCAAACCACCGACCGAAUUAAGAAACAUGAGCGAUGAGAAGAGUGAGGCACAUGCAACUGCAGUCAGUCAGUCACUGUGAAUGAGGGGAAGGUUACACACGUGACGUACGUGGACUGGCGCGUGGGCUCGGCACCCUUGACUGAGGGUACGCUGAUGCCUUAGCGGCUGGUCGGCUUCUCAUCGUUUGCUGCAUCGUUGAUUGCUUCUUUGCUCUUCACACGCUUUUGGUACGGCUUUUG